UAAAACCAAUACGUCUCCGCUCCGCUGUGAGAACUUGGCGAUGGACAAGACACUCUUCCAAGUCGAGACAGCUUCAGUACAGGGCUUCUUGCUGGGAAACCCUUUUCGGUCAGAGGACGCGCAUUGGGUUGAGGCAGCUACCAGUUCGGAAGAGGAUUCGUCCAGCAGCUUUAAAUCUGCAGGCAUCCUGCCAGAUGCCUAUGCCGGCUGCUGUGAGGGGCAACACUAUGUCUGGGCCGGCAAGUCGUCCUCAGCACGCUCUCAGUGUGAGUCACCUCUUCAGUAUGAGAUGACCCCGCACCUCACAUCAAUUGACCUCCAAAACGGAGAGGAAGCACCGACAGGAGGCGAUUGUGACCGUCAGCGUUCUGAACCCUGCAGGCUCUACAGUGAAUUCAUUGAGUCCGUCCGGUGUGAAGCCGUCCCACAUACCGACAUGAACCAUUGGAUCAAGCGCAUCCCUCUGGAUGAGAACGGAGAACUGACUUCCGUGGGUUCCAUUGCGCAUGUCAUGCCUGAGGAGAAGUGCAAACCUUGUAUCUUUGUCCGAGCAGAAUGUGGUUGUACCAAAGGCAUUGAGUGCCCCUUCUGCCACAUGAGUCACAAGUUUCGGAUGUGCAAAGGAAAGCGAGACAGGGUGAAACGCUUGUUGAAGAAGCUCGGCUCCAAAGGUGCCGAUGCACUUGAGCCCGCCUAAGCCACGCGCUGUGCGAUGGCAUUUCCCACUGCGCGGAUCGGUAACGUACAGUCCACACACAUACAUCCC